AUAAAUACUAACUGCCAGUCUCGACGGAAUUUUUAAAAUGAUUGCACAGGAAUGAAAGCGUCAAACGAAAAGAAAAACAAAGGCCAUAUUUGUUAGAAUUUUUAUUUAUUUUUAUAAAAGCGUGUUUUAUUAAUAGUUGUUAAAAUACUAGCGAAUCAGUCACAGAGUAGGGCUGUGUUACUAUUUUCUGUUUGAGAGCUGGCAUUUUGGUUAUUUCGUCAUUGAUUCCACCCGGACUGUUUUACUGGCUGUACAGUUCCAUUCUACCGAACGGAACCCCCAGUAGCAGAAGCAACUUCUCAUGUUACUUUACGCAUCUCUUAUACCCUUGCAUUUGUAUUAAUUUAACCCCAAAUUAAGAGUUUGUGUUCAAGAUGGGAGUGCCGAAAUUCUACCGAUGGAUUUCUGAAAGAUACCCUUGCCUGAGUGAAGUUGUCAAGGAACAUCAGAUCCCAGAGUUUGACAACCUUUACCUGGAUAUGAAUGGCAUCAUCCACCAGUGCUCCCACCCCAACGAUGAGGACGUCCACUUCCGUAUCUCGGAGGAGAAGAUCUUUGCGGACAUCUUCCACUACCUGGAGGUGCUGUUCAGGAUCAUCAAGCCCAGGAAGGUGUUCUUCAUGGCCGUGGACGGAGUGGCUCCCCGGGCCAAGAUGAACCAGCAGAGAGGCAGGAGAUUCCGGUCGGCCAAAGAAGCAGAGGACAAGAUAAAGAAAGCCCUUGAGAAAGGAGAGGUCCUACCCUCUGAGGCCCGCUUUGACUCCAACUGCAUCACACCUGGGACGGACUUCAUGGCCAGGCUGCAGGAGCAGCUCAAGUAUUUUGUCAACAGCAAACUAUCCACAGAUAAUGCCUGGAAAGGAGUUAACGUCUACCUUUCCGGACAUGAGACUCCAGGAGAAGGAGAACACAAGAUCAUGGAGUUUAUCCGCAGGGAAAACUCAGAGCCAGGCCACGACCCAAACACACGCCACUGUCUCUAUGGCCUGGAUGCUGACCUGAUGAUGUUAGGUCUGACCAGCCACGAGCCACACUUCUCCCUACUCAGAGAAGAGGUCCGCUUUGGAGGGAAGAAAAACCAGAAGAGAAUAACAGCUCCAGAGGAGACAACCUUCCAUCUACUGCACCUGUCACUAUUUAGGGAGUACAUAGACUACGAGUUCUCUGAAGUUAAGAACAAGAUCUCGUUUGAGUACGACCUGGAGCGAAUCAUCGACGACUGGAUCCUAAUGGGCUUCCUGGUGGGGAAUGACUUCAUCCCUCACCUUCCUCAUCUUCACAUCAACCAAGACGCCCUGCCUCUCCUUUACCGCACCUACAUCAGUGUGCUGCCAACGCUGGGAGGGUACUUGAAUGAGAAUGGCCACCUGAACCUGGGCAACUUUGAGAAGUACCUGGAGAAACUGUCCGAGUUUGACAGGGAGCACUUCAACGAGGUGUUUGUGGAUCUCAAGUGGUUUGAGAGUAAGGUGGGCAACAAGUACCUGAACGAGGCCGCGGGACUGGCAGCAGAGGAGGCUCACAGCAAGGACGCCAGGAGGAAAGACCCGGACUCUCUGCGUCUAACUACUCUGGAUGGCGGGAAGGACCGAGUCCCUGGUCGCGGUUUUGAGGAGGAUGGUGAAGAAGAGGACAUGUUUGAGGCAGAGUUCAGACAGUACAAACGCACCUACUACAUGACCAAGAUGGGAGUGGAGGUGGUCUCGGAUGAGUUUCUAGCAAAUCAGGCGUUGUGCUAUGUGGAGGGAAUCCAGUGGAUCCUGCAUUACUACUACCAUGGAGUCCAGUCCUGGAGCUGGUAUUACCCUCACCACUACGCCCCGUUCCUGUCAGAUGUGAGGAACAUAGCCCAUCUGAAGUUGACCUUUGACAUGGGCAAGCCUUUCAUGCCCUUCCAGCAACUACUGGGAGUCCUGCCCGCUGCCAGCAAAGACCUGCUUCCCCAGAGCUACAGGCACCUGAUGACAUCAGAGAAUUCUAGCAUCAUUGAGUAUUACCCUCUGGACUUCAAGACGGACCUCAACGGGAAACAGCAGGAGUGGGAGGCUGUGGUGCUCAUCCCCUUCAUCGACGAGAGAUGUUUGCUCGCUGCGAUGGAGCCUUAUAACGAUCACAUGACCAAGGCUGAGAAGGCCCGUAACCGCCACACCGAGUGUGCUGUGUACAGCUACCACGCUGAGCUAGACUACCCUUACACCUCCACCCUGCCUGACCUGUUCCCCAGCAUCAUGCACUGCCAUGUCAGGGUGACAUCGGUUCCCAUGGACGCGUGGCACGUGUCGUUGAGCCACGUCGGCCGCAGCGACAACAGCAGCCAGCUCUACUUCCUCGGCUUCCCCACCCUGCAGCACAUCAGACACAAGUUCUAUAAGAAGAAGCACGGAGUGGUGGUGUUCCAGCAGAGCAGCCGAGGAGAGAACAUGAUGCUGGAGAUCACACGUAGCAAAGAGGAACCCGUGUGUGGCGAUGUGGCGGCCCUGGUCCUGGGUUGCUCUCUGUUUGUCAACUGGCCCCACCUAGAGGAGGCCAGGGUGACAGCGGUGUCUGACGGGGAGAGCAAGUUCUUCCUGGAGGAGCCGGCGGGAGUGCAGAAGCUGUAUGACCGGGACUCACCCCCCCCCACCAAGGUCACCUACCUCAGUGACAAGGAGCAGAAGGACUGGGUGAAGGAUGUCCAGGGCAUCACUGAGCAUUUCAGUAAGCGCAAGGGCAUCGUGGUGAAUGAGACGGCGGUGGUGUUGUAUGCCCAGCUGCUGACAGGCAGGAAGUAUGUACCUGGGCAGAGCGGACAGGUGCACCUGGAGAAACAGUGGUCCAAGCAGAUAAUGCCCUUCGCCUACCAGACCAUUGUCAAGGAUAUCAAGGCCUUUGACUCGUCGUCGACUCGCUUCCAGACCCUGGAGGAGCUGUUUCCCCCGACGACCACAGUGUUCAUGGUGGGGAACCCCUACUACGGAGCCAUGGGAGAGGUGCAGGAGUCUAGUGACGUCAUCGAAGAGGGACGAGUGUGGGUAGUGUUCACGGUGCCCUGUGAACCACCGAUGGAAGCCUUAAUACAGAACCAGCAUAAAUACUGUGUGAAGUACAGUCCCGGCUACGUUCUGGCCUCUCGCCUCGGCAUCACCAGCUACCUCGUCUCCAGAUUCUCCGGCAGCAUCUUCGUCGGCAGAGGAUCCAAGAAGAAUCCCCAUGGGGAGCAGAAGGCUAACGUGGGUCUGAACCUGAAGUUCAAUAAGAAGAAUGAGGAGGUGCCAGGUUACACCAAGCGAACUGAGAAGGAGUGGCUCUACUCUGACGCUGUGGAGGAGCUGAUGUCUGAGUACCUGGAUAGGUUCUCCGAAGUGUUUGGCCUGGUGUCCAGGAACAGUCACGACGACGUCUUCUACGAGGACGACAUCUGGCCUGCGGAGUACGAGAACGGCACGGAGAAGGUGAAGGAGAUCACUUCCUGGUUGAAGACCCACCCAGUCGCCGACGUCGCCCGCACGUCAUGUGACCUGCAGAUCCUGGACAAGGCCAUCGUGGAGCGGAUCGAGGAGGAGGUGGUGAAGGCUAAGGUGAAGAAGAGCAGCGAGAAAGUACGUGUUACUGUGAAGCCACGUUUGCUCUUCAGGCCCUUAGAGCAGCAGCACGGUGUGGUCCCUGACCCGGAUGCAGAGUACCACCUGUUUGACCGAGUGGUCAACGUCAGAGAGAGCUUCUCUGUCCCCCUCGGCCUCAGGGGAACCGUCAUCGGCAUCAAGGCAGCUGAUCGGGAGGCCGAGGUGUUGUAUGAGGUUGUUUUCGAUGAAGAGUUUGCUGGUGGACUUACGAUCAGGUGUGCGGCGGGCCGUGGCUACAGGCUGCCUCCCUGUGCCUUAAUCAACCUGAGCCACGGGGGCCGUGUAGAGCAGGGCUUCCAUAAACUGACCGCCGUCGUCAAGCCCCAGCCCGCCUCCUCCCACCAGCACAACAAAGGACAGCUGGUCGGGCUGAACCACUCACCGCGAUCACCCUUCAUAUCCACACAGCAGCAGAACGGCAGACAGAACAUUCUCAGGGCAGACACUCAGGGCAACAAAAACUCUGCACACAAAGCCAGCCAGAAACUGAAACCAAAGGGUAAAGAUGAGGAGUUCAGUAACGUGUGGCAGUCUCUGCAGAGCUCUGGAAUGCCCCAGAAACCACCAGCUCACUGGCAACAAGACAAUCCGGGUAAGUCUGCCUGGGGUACAGGGUCUCCCGGACAAGAAGGGCAGGUCCAAGGGCAACAAGGCAGGAACCAACCCCAGAGUCAACAACCGCAACCUCCCAAACCUGGUCCUGCAGGAAGUAUCAGACUUCUCAAGAGAAACGAAGAUGUAAAUUCUCUGUUUCCGGCUCAGAAUGCUACAAAGAAGCAGACAGAGUUCGAGGAGUUGAUCGCCAACCUGCAGAUCUCCAAGGGCAACGAGUCAGCUCCACCCCCUCCAGCCAAAGAGCCCACGAGCCAAACAGAGGAGCCGCUUUCUCCGCAGUCGUUUGCUAUGAAGGGAACUCUGGCCCUGAAGGAGAUGCUGAACAUUGGCGCCGCCCCGGACUCCACUGGUCCCGCCUCCUUCAACACACAGCAGCAGAACAAGAGACGACCCACCAAGAAACUGGCGGCGACGAUGGGCGACUCUGUGUUACCCGCGUCCCCAGCAGCAGCAGUCCCUCACCUGCCGUCCCCCCAGCCCUCCGCCAUGGUUCCCAGUGUGGCCUCAGAGCUGACCAGGAUCUGUAUGGGCCUGGGUAUGGCCCCGCCUGACUUCACCUUCAUGCGCAGCAGACAGGGUCUGCUGGUGUAUCAGGUGAAGCUCUCCAGUGGUCUGGUGGUCCAAGGUCCCCAGUGUCAGUCUGAAAACGAAGCCAAAGAGAAAGCAGCUCUUUUCGCCCUGCAGCGCCUUGUGAGUGUGAAUUCAGUGGGUUCUGGGUUCCCCCUGCCACCGCCUCUGUUCUCUGGGGUCGGACAGAUAAGGGGGCCGCCCAUGGGACCCAUCCCUAACAUAUUCGGUCAAUCGGGUGGUCUGUUGAUGCCUCCUCAGGGGUAUGGUCCCCUACACUGGGGCAUGCCCCUCCCGCCUCACCAGGGCCAGCCCUUCUAUGGGGGCACCUUCCCUGGCACCAGGCCCCAAGCACCCUCCGUCCCCAUCGGCUCACACAACCAGUUUGUCCCCCUGCAGGUCACUAAGAAGCGCGUGUCCUCGGUCAAGAAGCCCCAGGAGUUCUGCAACGCGGCUCACAAGGCGAGGAACCAAGCCCUGGGCGGCGAAUUCCCGUCUCACUCCCAACCCUCCCUAUCCCCGACCCCCUCCACACCCCCAAAGACCACCCAGGCAGCGGGGACCCCAUCCACGCCCCAAGCGCCACGCCAGAACCCCUCGGGCCAAGGCCACACCCCCACCUCCGCCUCCAAGAGGAAACACAGGAAACUGGCGGUGAACUUCGAGGCAGCCAAAGUCCAAGAAUAAUCCCCUCCCCUUCCUCUUAGGUGUUGGUUUUUAGGAUGGUGUUCUAAUCGGUUGGGUCUCAAUAGCACCCUAUUCCCUGUGGUGCACUACUUUUAACCAGAGCCCUAUGUAGUUGUCCUACAUAGGAAUAGGGUGUCAUAAGUGUGCCAUUUGAGAUGUAGACAUUGUUCUAGAUAAUGGGAGGCAAUAAGGCCUGAUAAAUCAGAAUGGCGUUGUUUUUAUGUUGCGUUUGCAUCAUGUUUGUGAGAUGGAUUUCUAUUCUCACUAAUCUCGCCAGACCUUGUGGUACAUGGUGUCCUUCUAGUUGGUCGGUUUAUGAUUGGAGCCAGUAAUCAAGGGCUUAAUCCCUUUUAAUCUUUCCCUUUGUUUGUUUCAAGUCUCUAUUUUACCAAAUGUAUUUUUAUUCUGAUCCAAGUAUUUUGUCACAAUUCUGUGUUUUAAUGUCAGUCGUUUGUAAUUGCUAAUACUAAAUCAACCUCCAAAAUAGUCAUGUGAAAUUAACUUCACACGUGUUUACCAGCAAUUAGGUCUCAAAUACAGUAUACUGACGACAGCAUACAAACACAUCACUAUGACAAAAUUCUGGAAUUUCUACUCCGCAGUAUAACAACACAUUUCUUCCAGUAGAAAAUCAUUUUGAAAUUGAAUUCAAAUCAUCUCCUUUGGGACAUCACCAGGACCUCUGUUAGCUGGUUGAUCCAAGCCUUAAUAGAGGGAUGUUUCUGUUUUUUUUUUAUAUAUAUAUAUUUUUGUCCACCAUAUUUCAGUCUAUGGAUUUUAUGCCUUGGUACCUUUUUAAAUAUGACACACAUUGUUUUUUGUUGCUGAUAGUACCAUGGCUGAGUCAUUAUUCAUUAACUUUUAACCCACAUGUACAGUCGAGUUUUACAAGCAUAUUUUUGGGUCUCGCUAUGUUUUUGAAUUUGUACCUUUUGCCUCUUUCAACACGUGGUCUGAGCUACUGGGUUCUGGCUCUGUGGGUAUUUUAAACAUCUGAACCAAAGCACACCUGUUGUAUGUCCUAUUGGUUUUUUUUCUAAAUUAAUUUGAGAGUUUUAACAAGAAAAACCUCUACCCCCCCCCCCCAAAAAAAAUUCAAAAACCAUAACUAAGGAAAUGUAGCUCGCUCUUUUGAUGCAGGAAAGGUGCUGUACGUAUCCAAUGAAUAAAGACAUCUUUUGUUAUCAUCGAUA